UAUGAAUACUCCGGGGUAAGUCCGACGGCUCGGCCGCACGUAGGAUGAGUCAGCACGACAAGGCGGCGUCAUCGGACCCGAACGAAGUUGCGUGGGUCGAGGUGAACAAGAAGAUUCCAAGUUUCUACUUCCAGAUGCUGCAAAAUGGCCCAUCUAGAAAGCGCGGAUUCAAUCCUGAAGUCCACAUCCCACAUAUGAUCUGAAUCCCUUCGCUUCGGAUGGAGUUGAUCCCCAAAUGAUGGACUCUAACGGCAACUUUGCCCGGCCUUUUGACGAAUCCCUGAUCCGCGAACUACCUCAGCUGCAAAGCCUCCGCAUCGCUCCUCUUCGUCAACCAGUUCCCUCCCGCAUUCUAAGCAUCCCCUCGCCACUUGAGCCCAAUGCCAGCAGUGUCCGGGACUCAACUACCAUUUCCAAGGCCAAAGCCUCCACUGGAAUUGGCGGCCCAACUCGCAACAACGAAUCGAGUGGCGGAGUACCGGAGGCCUCCAACCCCGGGCGGACCAAGAAGAAUGAUCCGUCAGUAGAUACGCUGCUCAGUCUUGAGGCCCCUCCAAAACCAAUCCUACCGUCCUUCGUCAACCUCCGCGCCCUCGAGCGGUUUCCAUACUCUUCGUUUGACGAUGACUCUUCCCACGCUCGCAAACGUCGCCGGGUGGACGUGCAAGCCGACUCCUUCGGCGAGCACCUGCAGCUGCCGAUUCCGCUGUCGCAGAAGGAGCAACGACCGCCGCCGUUUGGGCCCUUUGCCAUUCUCAACGGUUUAAACGAGCCGCCGCCCAACGCCGCCCUGUUGCCGCCUAUCGAAGCCGGCUCCAUCACGCAGCUUUUGACCAAGCCCUCCCGAGACCAAUCCUACGUCGAGCCCGCGUUGCUCACCGCUAAUUCUGUCGCAGAUACGCUGAGCUUCGAAAAACGGGAAGGGAGGAUUGAGGAGAUCUUGGAUCCGCCGGUCGCGGAGAAGCCGACGCCGGAUGGCCAGCGGCAUUCCGCAAGCAGUGUCGCGGAGGGCGUGGACGUCGAUUCGACGGAGCCUCCGAAUGGUGAAGUCGAGGUUGAUAAAGAGCAUGAAACGCUCGCCAAUGAGGAUAACGAGCCACUGUCGCCGAAAUCGAGGGGUCGGUCCAGAAAAAACCUACGUAAAUGGACCGAGGAGGAGACCACGGCUCUUCUGCGUGGCGUGGUCAAGUGCGGUAUCGGAAACUGGACAGCUAUACUGGCGCAGCCCGAACUCAAGUUCAACAAGCGAAGCGCAUCGAAUUUGAAAGAUAGGUUUCGCGUUUGCUGCCCGUGGGCGUAUCGGGCUGCUGAUCCCAACGAAGCGACCAAGAAAUUGCGCGACAGCCUUGCCGAUGCUAUGCUGCGCGCCGAGGCCGAAGGGACUGAGAACAUCCCUGGGAAGAUUCGCCUCCCCCAUCCGUGGCCGGCAAAUCUUGGACCGCCCUCCGCUGGUAGCAGCUCGACAACCAGCUUGGACGAUCCCUCGUCGUCCAGUGCCUCCCCCUUGACCGAAGCGGAGCAGAACAACUCCCAAUCUUACUUCAAACAGGCCCCCUCGACCAGUUCUCCCCUUAGCUUAUCUAGUAGAUCCAAGUCUACGCUGGCUUCUCUUGGUAUUCCCGAGCCGCACUUUAACAUGAAAUCCCGACGUCGCUCGCGGCGCCCAUUUACAGCUGCCGAAGACGAAGCUUUGCUAAAAGGUUAUGCCGUUCAUGGCUUUCAGUGGACACUAAUCCAACAAGACAAGCGUCUAAACCUCGGCCAUCGCAGAGCGACCGACCUGCGAGACCGAUUUCGGACCAAAUUUCCCCACGCAUAUCGUGACGGGGGGUCCGUCAGCGGUAACAAAACUCAUAACGAUCAGACUAAAAAUGCGCCCGAUCCUAAAGACAGUAGCAAGCCGAAUCCCACACGGCCUACCAAAUCAUCUUCAAACACGUCUCAUCCCAAUAAGACUGAUGUCGAACAUGCCCCAUUAGGCCCUAUCGACCCAGCUCUCUCUGCCCCGGCUCCGCCGCCAAAUCUACCUGACGGCUCAUCAACGGGUGCAUCGUCCACGGCUGUCUUUCAGUUUCCUCUGGACGAGAACCCACCUGGAGCUCCGGCGGUGGAUGCCUCAUGGGCCGAUAACACCCUCGCUCCUAUGUUAUGGGAUGAAUUAACCUAGUUUUCUUUUCUAGGGCGUAGGGCUUUUUUCAUUUCUUGUAUUUCGGGCUACUUCUCUUUUCUUCUUUCAGUUCUUCUUUCUCUUUCUCAUUCUCUCUUUUCAUAUCCAUUAUCUUUAUCUCAUUUUAUUUGCGUUUGUCCAUUCAAUUCCUUUUAACUGCUUUCUAAUCAUCUUCCGGGUUUUCUAGUCUCAUUUUUUGCUGGAGAUUUGGGAGCUAAUUACUUCCCCAUACAUUCAUCAUCCUGAUACCCGCGCCUUGGUCAUUCUUGCGAAGUCGCUCUUCUUUGGUUCUGCAUGUUUCUUCUUUCUGGUCUCCCUUUCUGUUCUUGAUUUCUGAUCUACGAAUACAGUUUGCGAGUUCAUAUGGAUAGAUGGGCAAUGAGCUAUCUAUAUAUACUGCCAACUACACUUGCACGACAUCCAAACAGUGCAGAAAAGCAAUGAUAAUGAAAGUUGAUAUUACAGUCUAAUCCAAUUAAAUCGACCUCAAGACUGUGUAUAUCUAAUCUAAGAAACAAACAAU